CAAUAUCACUCACACACCUCUGCUCCCGCCCACACAACUUGAUCAACUCGGUCGCGGGGCUCUUUGCAAGUUACCUGUACAUUCAGAAGUCUCAAGAUGAUUGUUCCUAUCCGUUGCUUCUCAUGCGGCAAGGUCACCGGCGACCUUUGGGAGAAAUACAUGGCCCUGCUUAGUGAAGGAACAGAGGAAGUUGACGCACUCGACGCCAUCGGUCUCUCACGCUACUGUUGCCGACGCAUGAUCCUCACUCACGUCGAUCUGAUCGAGAAACUCCUCAAGUACAACGCAAGUGAACGGGAGCAAGCGAGGGCUGCACGAGGGGGCCGGUAGCUUGGCUAGUAAGGCAUGAUAGGAUGAAGGGGACAAUGAUGGAUAUGGAGGGCGACAACGGAGUUUUUAGGGCAUUUGCGCGGCGUCAUGGUUCGGACAUUUUCGGUGCGGUUUCCAGUUGUCUACCGGACUAUGAAUGGAAUGGAAAGCCCUCAUUGUCAUGUCCCUUUGAGAUUAGAGAGAAAUGAGAUCCUUUGAACCGUUC